CUCAAUGGCAAAAAAACCCGUGAAAGUCGUAGCCAAAAUUGCCCGGUUUAGACUCGGCUUUCUUUGCUUUUACAGUAGUAUAGUUCCCUGAAUCCCUUCUAGAUUUGUCAUUGGUGUUUUGCAUUUUAUGUUCAGUCAGUCAGCUGAUGUAAACAAUCAGUGUAAAAAAUACAGUGAAAUAUCGAUCAGUGAAAGUGGGGCACAACGUGUCAACUAGCCCCCGCUCAGUUCUCCCACCGAACUGAGAGUGAGAUGAGAUUCGUUCGCGAUCCGUGAAAGUACUACUAACUAAAAAUGGCUCGAUUCAAAACUAAAAAAUGUAUACUGGUGGUCAGUGUGACGGUGGUGAUUGUUUUCAUGGUGAAAACUUUCUUGAUGGCCGGUGAGAUGUCGGGAAGCGGAGAGGAUGCGAAUAAACAGCCGGACCCGGACGGUGGCGGUGGCGGCGGCGGCGGAAACAGAAUGAAAAUUGCCGAUUUGGCCCUUGAUGUGCAAGGGGUUGGCAUCGACCGGCCUCCCAUACACAAGGCAGCCCAUAACUUUGGCUCCGUUCAGCAGGGAGCUUCGCUGAAAUCAUCCCUAGGAAACUAUGAGCCAGAACAGGCAUCUCGUAAGACUGGUCCCGGGGAAAACGGGAUACCGGUCCGAACCGGGCCAAAGGAGCAAGAAGCGAUUGAGAGGAGUAUCAAGGAAUAUGGCUUCAACCAGUUCGUGAGUGAUAAGAUAUCCCUGGACAGGAAUAUACCAGAUCUCAGGAAUUCACAAUGCAAAUACUGGCACUACCCGGAGAAGUUGCCUACCACCAGUGUCAUCAUAGUCUUUCACAAUGAAGGCUGGUCUACGCUACUGAGGACUGUACACAGCGUCAUGAACAGAUCACCCCCAGAACUACUGCAUGAGAUCAUCAUGGUGGACGAUUUCAGCACUAAAGAGCAUUUAAAAAGGAAACUGGAUGACUAUGCGACGUCUCCGCAGUUCAAGGGUAAAGUCAAAGUCAUCCACAACAAGCGUCGGGAAGGUCUGAUCAGGACGCGCAUCAUCGGAGCUAAGGCGGCCACAGGGGACGUUCUGCUGUGGUUGGACGCACACUGUGAGGUUGGCAUUAAUUGGCUGCCGCCGCUGCUCGCACCUAUCGCUGUCAAUAGGACAACAGCAGUGUGCCCUGUCAUUGACGUGAUUGACAAUCAGAACUACAAGGUGUACCCACAAGGCACUGGGGAUCAGGACAGAGGCGGGUUUGACUGGAGCCUGUACUGGAAACACUUCCCCCUCCCGGAGUUUGAGCGAAAACGGAGAAAGUAUGAGACAGAGCCCUACAGGUCCCCUGCAAUGGCGGGAGGCCUGUUUGCGAUGGGACGGGAGUUUUUCUUUGAGCUCGGAACCUACGAUGAUGGACUGGAGAUCUGGGGAGGUGAAAACUUCGAACUCUCCUUCAAGUUGUGGAUGUGCGGGGGCUCACUUUUGUGGGUGCCCUGCUCGCGCGUUGGUCACGUGUACAGAAUUCACGGUAAGGUACCGUACUCGGCACCAAACGGUAGCAUGAUGAUGAUAAGCGAGAGGAAUCUGAAGCGAGUCGUAGAAGUCUGGUUUGACGACUACAAGGAGUAUUUCUACCGCAGUAAGCCAGAAGCCAUGUUGGUCUCGGCGGGUGAUCUGGAGAAGCAGCUGGCGUUCCGGCGUAAGAUGAAAUGCCGGUCCUUCUCCUGGUAUAUGUCUGAGAUCGCACCGGACAUCGUGGACAAGUAUCCCCUGCCGUCCGCUAAUACGCAUUGGGGAGAGGUUAAAACAGCUAGUGCCCGUCUAUGCGUAGACUCCAUGGGCCAGAAGGAUGGUGGCAAGAUAGGCAUGUCGUACUGCCAUGGAGCCGGUGGGAACCAACUCUUUAGAAUGACGGAAGAUGGACAGUUCCGUAUUCACGACCAGUGUGCCUACAAAGCCUCCUCAGAUAUCAGGUUACGACGGUGCGAUACAACCAAGUACAAUUGGGCUUAUAAUACAGAUACUCAAGCAGUUUAUAUCACAGACCAAAAUUUGUGUCUAGAUCACAGGGCAACUAGUAAAGAGCUUUUUAUGACAACGUGCGACCCAUCGAGGAGGACACAGCGGUGGGAAAUCUCCUCCAAGGGCCUCAAACAUCACUGAGAUUCUGUCUUAUCGCAGUCUGAAAUUCCAUCAACUCGCUUGUCUGCUGAAGACGUGACAGAACAGACGCAGUAUGAGUACAAGUUUAGGUAUUAUAUUGAGAAGAGCCUGUUUAAGUUAAGGAGAAUGCACGAGAAAGUGUGGAUUCGUAAUUUAAGAAUUCACGAGGCGCGAAGCGACAAGUUAAUUCGUAAAUUAAGAAUCCACACUUGCGAGUGUAUUCUUCGACUUAAACCAUUGCGUC